UAUCUUUCUAGAUCUUUUGUUGCUGUGCUAAGUGCAAAAUUGUAAAUAAUUUGUGCUCUAUCUAUAGUACUACUAUGGAUAUGAGAGCAAGAGACCACGCUAGAAAGAGGAGGGAAGAGGAGGACGAUGAUAUGAUGUUGUUUAUUUUCCCUGCACUACAUUUGUUGAGUUCUAGUGGAGCAAGGGAAAAGAAGCGACGCCAUACAUCAAAGAUAACAGGCGAGGAGCGUGUUCGGGAGUUGCUUGAAGGGCAUGUAAAAAAUUGCCGGGUAGCAUUCAGGAUGGAGCCGGAAAUAUUUAUAUCUUUGGCCAAUUACCUUAGAACUGAAAAGUUGGUCGAUGAUACUAGGAUUAAAGUUGAAGAGAAGUUGGCAUUCUUCUUAUACAUGCUUAGUCACAAUGCUUCAUUUGAGGAUUUGCAAGAGAAAUUUGGGCACAGUGGGGAUAGCUUUCAUCGUCACGUAAAGCAUUUCUUCAACUCAGUUGUCCCUUCGCUCUCGAAGCGGUUUCUGAAGCCUCCAAAUCCUAAUGAAGUUCAUUGGAAAAUAGAAAAAGAUCCUAGAUUUUAUCCCUAUUUCAAGAAUUGCCUUGGUGCAAUUGACGGCACCCAUAUACCCAUAUCUAUAUCAUCUGACAAAGCAGCUCCAUUUAGAAAUAGGAAAAAUACUCUUAGCCAAAAUGUGAUGAUAGCUUGUGAUUUUGAUCUGAAGAUUACUUUCAUGUCUACUGGGUGGGAGGGGUCGGCUACAGAUGCCAGGGUUCUUACCUCUGCAGUAAACAAAGGCUUCCAAGUACCCCCUGGAAAGUUCUAUUUGGUUGAUGGUGGAUAUGCCAACACCAAUUCUUUCCUUGCACCAUAUCGUAAAGUCAGGUAUCAUCUAAAGGAGUAUGGGGCAGGUCGGCGUAGACCUCAAAACUACAAAGAGUUAUUUAACCAUCGCCAUGCGGUAUUGAGGAAUCAUGUUGAAAGGACUUUGGGGGUUGUAAAAAAGCGCUUCCCUAUUCUCAAAGUUGCAACUUUCCACAAAAUCAAGAACCAAGUGAAGAUACCAGUGGCUGCUGCAGUGUUCCAUAAUAUUAUUCUAUCACUGAAUGGGGAUGAGCAAUGGUUAAAUAACCAACCACAUAAUAUCCAUCCAAGCAAUUAUGUUGACCUGCCAGAUGGUGAUGAAGGCAAUGAUCAAAGCACUAAUCAAGGGAAAGGAAAAUUUUCACAAAUCAUGUUUUCGAAAAAUUUGUCCUUAAGAAUCUUCGUUCUUGUGGCGGUUGAAGAGGGUGGCCAGGGCAUAAAUCGCCAUGGCGUCGCUGCCAAGCUGCGACUCCUGCCACCAUUCAAUGGCACUUGA